AGAAUGUGAAAGGAGAGUCUUUCGAAUGUUUUGCUUCUGUGGUUUAUUGGGUUUGCUUCUUCAUGAAUGAGUAGUUGGAUAAAUAACAUGCACCAUGGCCCUGCUCUCUGCUUUCAGCUGAGCAGGGAGAUGCCAUGAGCCUUCCUGAGCUGGACAAGGAAGCCCAUCAGAUAGCUCUUCUCUGAUUUCCCUUUGAGUACAGUCUGGGAGAGGGGAGGGACUUCUCACAAAUUAUUGUCACGGCUACUGCUGCUGUUACCAACCUCUCCCUUGGGGUUGAGCCAAUGGGACAUCUGGGACAUUUUCCCUGAACCUUGGCAGAGGUGAGAUGGGAGGGGUGAGGAGUCUUAGGAGAGAGGAGGCAGGAGGAACUGGAGCCAGCAGUGAAGGCCUCUGAAGUGCAGUGGGAGGAGGCGACACUUCAUUUCACAAUGGCCUCUCUUGCUGCAGUAAAUGCAGAAUUUUGCUUCAAUCUAUUCCGAGAGAUGGAUAACAACCAAGGAAAUGGAAAUGUCUUCUUUUCCUCUCUGAGCAUCUUCACUGCCCUGGCCGUGGUCCGCUUGGGUGCACGAGGUGACGGUGCUGCUCAGAUGGAUAAGAACAUGUUCUCAAAGUGUUUCCCAGACCAGUGGUGUCACCUAGAGGACUUGUUAGAAAUGCAAAUGCCACUGAAGCAGAAGCCAUGGGGAUGGAUCCCAGCUAUCUGCGUUAAACAAGCUCCCUCGGUGCUCACAAAAGUUCGGGAACCACUGCUUGAGUGGAUACGGGUACUUCACACCAAUACCAUGUCAGGACAUGGAGAUUCUUCUAAUACUCAGCCAGGACUCCAAUUUCAACUGAAAAGAAUUCUCUCCGAUAUAAACACAUUCCACAAGGAAUAUGAACUCAGCAUUGCCAGUGGUCUUUUUGCAGAAAAAAUGUUUGACUUUCAUGAGGAAUAUAUUAGGUGUGCUGAAAAAUUAUACAAUGCCAAAGUGGAACGAGUUGACUUCACAAAUGCUGUAGAAGAUGCCAGAUAUAAAAUUAAUAACUGGGUUACAAAUGAGACACAUGGCAAGAUCAAGAACAUCAUUAGUGAAGGUAGCAUCAGUUCGUCGGUGGUCAUGGUGCUGGUGAACGCUGUGUACUUCAAAGGCAAGUGGGAGUCGGCCUUCCCCAAGAGUGACACUAGGCACUGCCGUUUCAAAUCUCCCAAGUGUCCUGGGAAAGCAGUUGCCAUGAUGUAUCAAGAACGGAUGUUCAAUCUGUCUGUCAUUCAGGACCCGCGUAUGCAAGUUCUUGAACUCAGAUAUCAGGGUGGCAUAAGCAUGUACAUCAUGCUGCCUCAGAGUGAAAACCUCUCCGAAAUUGAAAACCAACUGACCUUUGAAAAUCUAAUGAAAUGGACCAGCCCAAGAAAAAUGAAUCAUCGGUACGUCAAGGUGUUCCUUCCUCAGUUCAAGAUAGAGAAGAAAUAUGAAAUUAAACGUUAUUUACAAGCCCUGGGGCUGAGAGAUAUCUUUGAUGAAACCAGAGCUGAUUUCUCUGGCAUAGCUUCAGGAGGUCGUUUAUCUUUGUCAAAACUGAUGCACGAGUCAUACAUAGAAGUUAAUGAGGACGGCACAGAGGCGGCUGCUGUCUCAGAAAACACCAUUGUAGAAAAGCUACUCCCUGAGUCUACCGUGUUCAAGGCUGAUCACCCAUUCUUAUUUGUCAUCAGGAAGAAUGACAUCAUCUUGUUUAGUGGCAAAGUCUCUUGCCCUUGACAAUCCAAUUGGUUUCUAUUAUGAUAGUCCCAUCAAUAUCAAAGAACCACCACAUGUGAAUAGAUAAAAUGUAAUGGGAAGCAUAUGGCGCUCCCUUUAGUUUACUUUCUUCUAACGUUGGUCAGCAGAUGACUUUGGUGACUUGACCCUUCUCUGACACCUGCUUGUUUAUCCCCACCUUGCUCUUAGCAUUUCUACCUCCAUAUGCCCCACCCAUUUAUAAUUCCAUUGCCUUUCUACCCACACCCAUUUCUACCAGUCUACUCCAUAGCCACUUGCACACAGUUCUGGGCAUGGCAUCUGGGAAUUGUGGACAGGUGCUCCACGGGUAAUGACAAUGUAGAAGUCAUCUUAGAGAUCUUUUCUGAAACUCUCCAGGAGUCCCCGACAGACUAGUGUUAUUGUACAUGGUCUAGAAAAUAAGCCUGCCUGCUAGAAACAAGUGUGAAGGAUCACUUUUCCUUGCUGAUCUAAGAAGACAUUUAGAAUUGACUUGAACAGUGAUGUGAAAUCAGUCUCUAAUCUAAAAGCGAAAAAAAUAUGGAUUUGGGUUUGGGGGCCAACCAAAAUAUUUCAUGAAUAACUUCAAGUGAAUGAAUGUCUUUUGGCUUUUCCUUGAUUGACACUUAAUAUGUACAUAGUUUUUUUCAAAUAUUAAAUACCUUUUUAACUGUU